AUGGAUGAUGAGGAUGAUGAUGAUGACUUGUGUUCAUCGGUAUCAUCAUCGACUACAAAUCAUGCCCAUCCAGAUCUAGCGGCAAGAUCAUCUACUUCAUCUUCUUCAUCAUCAACAUCAACAUCAUCAUUAUCAAUUGAUGUUGACCCAGAUCAUCAUCACCAACAAAAGCCAGAUAAUCAACAACCUAUAAAGAUUAAACGACCCGAUCAUCAACAUCAACAACAGACAAUACAAGUGGUCGAUCAUUCACCUAUACGCAGUUGGCCCAAAGUUAAUAAUAUAACUGAUCACUUGGUAUAUGUUAACGUUGCACUUUGGGCUGCAAUAGUCAGUCUUCGCUUCGAAGGCCAUCAUGACAGUACAGAACUUCCCGUCGGAUUAUCAAUCGCCGUCACUGUCAUAUGUUUGAUCAUACUCGUGCCACACUACCAUGACUUCAAGACUGCCUUCUCUGGAGCUUACUGGCGUGGGCUACGCGGCUUUAUCGGUGGAUUCCGAUACAGGGCGAUGCGAUGCAAGCCACAGGUUUGGUGGUGGAGUCCCCUUGUGCAUUGGAUCUGGAGCAUACCAUUGUUGAUCUCUGUGUGGAUGGCAUACCUCCGCGAUGGCGCAGUCGUACCUUGGAUUGGCUUUGGUGUGACGCUCGUCUUUGGACACAUGUUCGAGCCGGGCAUGGUAAAUUGGGCCUGUGCAGUCUGCCAUGUCAAGACCAAGUUCAAUCGUCCAAAGAUCAUCAUGUUCCCAACGCCUGGCGACCUUCAUCGCAAGCGUUGGAGUGAGAUUGUAAAGCUACGUACGCGACGAGUGGCUACAGUGUUUGUGGAAGCAUCAGCACUGUCUGGCUUCUGUGGAAUAUGCGACGCCGACAGCCAUUGGACAAUUAGACAAGGCGAAGGUCCAAUAUGGGCCACUCUGGAGCCUAGCUAUGGAGAUGGACAGCAACGACAGUUGUUACCACAGCCUGUGGAAGAGGAGGGCACCAUAUGCGCAUGUCAGUGGCGAGCCAUCUCAGCGGUGGCCACAGAGAUGGGCUGUCGGGGAUGGGCGCCAGUGCUCAUACCCACGACCGCACUCGAGUCCAACACGUUUAGAGCAUGGGUCAAUUGGAAGAGCUCCGGUCGAUCCACAGUCUACUGUAUUUUACUCGGAGGUAGGAAGUGCCAGCAGUUGGAUGUGUCGAUCGACCAUGAGUCACUACACAACCAUCAUCAUCAAUCAAACGACUACAUGGAGGAGUCAUUGGACACUGCAAGAGUUUGGAGUGGAGCACAACAAAUGGCAUUGUUUGAUUAUGGAUCAUUGUUCUCGGGCUUUGCAUGUGUCUGGCCUGGUCGAUCAAUCAAGCGUCAUGAUUAUGGUGAUGGCAAUGAAGAUGAUUUGCUACAGCGAGGAUCAGUAGAGUGGCAAUGGUCAAUAAUGGGCAAGGAGUCAUAUGGUAUCUUUACGAGCUUCAAGACAAAGGUCUUACACAAACCACUGCGCGUUACACUGCCCCGAAAUGUUUGCCCUUUGACACAAGGAUACACAGUGUGGGCAUGUGCCAACAGGGCAAUGAGUGAGCGAUUGUUGAUCGUACAACGAGCACUCGAGACCAUUAAGCCAAACUCUGAAUAUCUCUGCAUUGACAGAAGCAUCAUCGAGGAGUCAUGUCACGCCGCAGCCAUCAAUCAUGACCUGUCCUACUUGCUAGUGCUCCCGCCAGACAUCCUACCAAAGUCAAGCACUGGCAUACGACCUGGCUCCAUUCUAUACAUUGGCAAGGGUGCAGGCAUGUCAGUACAUCGCUCACUAUGGGAAUCUCAGCCAACAAGUCAGUGCUGGGUUGGUCCGGACGACCACACCAGCGUGGUCCUUGACAGACGUGUGGCCGAACCACCAGCAGGCUCAAUCACAGUGUUUACUUCAGCGGUGCCCAAACAACGAGAAGAGAUAGAAUGGUACGCAACUUCAAUGUGUUACAACUCAUACAGAGGUGAUGCACUACGUCUAUACUUGGGCGUUGUAUCAAUGAAUGGGUAUCGCGCAGCCAUUAGUGGACACAAAAUGUACAGUCUUCAAGCAGUGUCAAUCGGUGGUAGUAAUGGAGAGGCACUAAACACAAACAGAUAUAGUAUUCUACCAUAUGCGACAACCGAUAUAGUAGUUGUGUAA